AUGAAAGCAACGCUUCUGCGAACGCAGAAGACCCUACAGACUUUGGUAUGCGAGUUGAAGGAUGAAGGAGGAGACGCGCUUCAAUCAGAAUCACAUCGAAUGGCCUUCAGCCGGAACCAGAGCAAAAUCGAGAACCUCAGUAAAAAGUCAUCGCAAGCCGCACCUGCUCCCCAAGACAGUGCGAUGGGGGCGACGAAGACGGAAGGUCGGCUCAUGAGAGCCAUGAGUGCUCUGACCUCAAGCUUUGACGCCGCACCCUCGCCCGAGAACAUGCCGGAAUUUGAAUGUCCGGCUCCCCAGGCGAUGCCAGGGACUGCUGGGCCUGCGACAGGGACCUCUUUUCUGCAGCAAAAUUCGCUAGCAGACAGUAAUACUAGUAUGAAAACGCAGUCAACUACCUUCAUCGCGCAGACCAACGAGCGAUCCCUCGGGUACAACGAGAUUGCAGCGCCGGCAAACAAAGGCAACAACCUUGCGCCCAAAGCUGACGGCGAGAAGGGUUCUGCGCUCGACUUUGUGCCUGCAGCCGUGCCGAAAAUGGAAUCGGUGCUGGAGAAGUGA